AUGGAAGAAGAGCAAGCCCAUAUAAUAAAAGACUCCAAUUACAUGGAAUCCCAAGAAGACGACGAAGAAGAGGCACUCUCGCUAUGUGACCUUCCUCUUAACCGCAAUUCAAGAACUCCUAGCUUAGACGACACUUCGUUUAAGAAAAUUCUUCGACCAGAUGGCAGCGAGAUUUUCAACGGCUUCAGCAGCAGCAGCAGCUCCGAUAUGUGCCCCGCCGACGACAUCAUUUUCUGCGGCAAACUCGUUCCCUUCAAAGUCGAACAACCUUUGAAAAAUCUCAUCGUCGAAGAAAGCAAAUCAUCCACGCGCCGCCGGAGAUCCGAGUCCCUCUCUUCCGUGACUCGAUCAAACAGUGUCAGCACGUGCACCAGUUCUCGCCGCGUCAUGAUGAGGAACAGCAAGUCUUUGGAUUAUAGCAGGUUGCGAGAGCCUUCGGCGCCGGAAGUUGAUCGGAAUUCUUCGUCAAGGAGCGUUGGGGCGUCGUCGGAGGCUGCGGCAAAGAAGGCAAUGAAGCCGCGCUGGUACUCUCUGAUGUUUGGGACGAUGAAAGUUCCGCCGGAGAUGGAGCUCAGCGACAUGAAGAACCGGCAGGUUCGCCGGAAUCCGUCGACCACCUUGUUCCCGGGGACGGAUUCUGGCGGGAAGAUGGUCGUGAAUCGGAGCUCCGGCAAGGUGUCGUGGAGGAUACUGAAGGCGCUGAGUUGCAAGGAUCACAGCAGCGUGGCCGUAACGACGUCGUUUGCUUUGCCGCAAGCGUCGUAG